AUGUAAGACACCAUAUCAUCUAUUUUGAAAACUGAACCAGAUUCUCUCAAAGAUGUUCCUUAAAGUAAGUUUAAGCAUAACUAUCUGUUAACAAAUUAAAGAUUUUUAAACACAAAAAAGUUAACAUACUCUAACAAAAAAAUAGUUAUUUCUAAUCAAAAAGAAACUUGGAAACAAAUGUUUGGCAAUUUCCUUCAUGAUAUUAAUCUAAAAUAAAAGAAGGAUCAAAUCUCCCAAGAUUUUAAAUAGGUAAUCAUAUUUUUAUUAUAGAUUUAGCAUCUUUAAGAUCCACUGGUUAAUGAAGUUCCCAUAUAGCUUACUUGUUCAAAUAAACAAUUCAAACUCUAGUUCUAUAAAUAUUUAGAAGGAGAAUAAUCAAUUAAUGAAUUGUUAAAGGCAAUAAGCUUUCCUCACUUAGAAGCAGUAAGUAAAUUAUUAAAGUUUUAGAUAUAAAUAGAGGAUCAAAAAAAAUAAAAGAGAAAACUAUCCAUAGUAUAAACAAUUAAGAAAUAUAGAGUUAGUGAUUUAUUUAAUAAGGGUGAUAAGACACCAUUAUUAGAUAUAGCAAGUUCGACAAAGCAAUUAAAGGCAUAAUAAGUACGAUUAGUUGGUUAAAGGAGAAUUACAGAAGCUGGAAAGAUUUUAGAAUUAUUUAAAAUGAAAAUAAAUAGAAAAGUCUAAGUUUUGAAAGAUUUUAUUUAGCAAAGAGUACUGAUUAUAAUUUAUUAAAGAUUGAUUUGAGAAAAUAAUUAAAUAAAGAAUAAAGAGAAGAGGAAAUAAGAAAUAUUCAUUUUAUUAAAACAUUUUUUGAUAUAACUAAUGAUUAUAAUUAGCAUAUCUAAGAAUAAUAAGAAUAAUUAUAAGAUGAUGCUUAAUAUUAUAAAAAAUUAGUACCUUGUUAAAAAAAGUUAAAAUAACUUUUAGUUAGGUAUGAUAAUGUAUAACCAAUCAUAUAACAUUAAGAAAAGAAUUUUGAUAAAUUUGAUUAUCCAUCUUUAGGAAUGCUUAAAAAUUAAAUGAAUUAAUAUUCUAAAGAUUAUUUAGUUGAACUAGAAUAAUAAAAAUAAAUUUAAUUCAAAACUGCAUUAAAUUAAGUUAGAAAAUUAUUAGAAUAAUAAAAUAUCAAGUUUUAAUCUGAAUUACGAAAGUCUUAAAUUAAAAGUAAUAAAAAUUCAAAAUCUUAAUCUCCAUUAACUCUUAAUAAAUAAGAUUCAAUUAAUUAAAAUAAUAUUAGUUCUUUAGGUGACUGUCCAUUAGAUGUAAUUGUUGCAAGUCCAAAAAGAUUUAUUCAUAAAUAUAAAUCUUUUUCUUAAAAAAAAAACUCUAUUACAGAUCCGAGAAUGAGAAAAGAUUACGUUAUUACAAAAAAACCUUUUUAUCUUUUUACUAAAUAAGCUGUUGGAAAUAAAAGUUAAAAAAAUACGAAAGGAUUAAUUACUAAUUUUGAUGUAAAACUAUAUGAUUAUAUACAUAAUAGAAAUAUUUACACAUUAAAUAAAAAGUAUUAAAUUAUUUAUUGUUUAUAGAACCUAAGAAAUUACUGAAAAAUUUCAUACAAUGAUCGAAAGUUAAAAAGAAUAAUAAUUGAAUGAUCAACUUGAUACUUAACUUAAUUAAUUAAGAAAAAGAAGAUUAAAAUUUCGUUAAAAUGGAUUUUAAGAGACAUAAAGAAGAAUUAAAACAGAGAAGUAGGCAGAUGAAAUAUCUGAUGAUUAAUCAUUAUAAUCAAUUUAUGAAGUGAAUCUUGAUGUUUAUUAUGAUUAAUCAAAUUAAUUAAACAAAAAACUAAGAGAAUAAGAUGAAGUUGGAUUUGCAAAGAGAAUUAAAUAAUUAAUAAAGUUAGAAGAAGUAAAUACGUAUUAAAUAAUAUUUAAAUUAGAUUAUGUUUAAAAACUAAUAUGUUGAAGUUAAAUAAAUCUUAAAAUUCUCUUAAAAAAUGA